AUGCGCUCCAGCAUCGCCUGCUCCCGUUGUCGCCGGAGCAAGAUAAAGUGCGUCAAUGCUGGCAUCGACACCACCUGUCGAGCCUGCGAGUCCUCCGGGAGAGAGUGUUCCUAUCCAACUCCAGCUGGUGCUGGCUGCCAUUCGUCUGCCGGCGUCAAACGGGAUAUCACAGCAUCGUCCGGUGUCGACGAUGAGCGGGCCAACAACGCCAACGGCAGCACCAACGGCAGCACCAACAAUAACAACAACAGCAGUGAAUGGGAUAACCCCAAGCGGCAGCGUCACAGGAAACAUGCCAACGCUUCCGUCUCGUCCAAGGAUGCCAUGAUGAAGCAGAACUACAUGCUCGCCCUGGACUCUGCCAUCCUCACCCCCAAAGUAUGGGAGACCCUCUUCGACCUCUUCCAGCAGCACUUUGCUACCAUCCUGCCCUUUCUGCACCCUGCUACCUCCCUGGCUCAGAUUCGUCACCUCACCGGCUCAUCCUAUGCAUCUACCGCUACGACUACUACUACGUCUUCGUCAGCUGCUCCCACUCCGGCUACCCUCGACGGGCAGCAUGCUACGGAUCCGUCUCAGAGCCCCGCGCCCAGGGCAGAGGUGUCUCCGUUGAUCUUACUCGGCGUCCUGACCCUGACGGCCAGGUUUCACCCUCAGCUGGCUCAGCACCACUCACCGGCUUCCCCAGUCAGCCCGUGCAACCCAACCGUGGCAUCGGAGUUCUACGCCAAUGUCCUGAGGGCACGGCUGGCGGGCACAGAUGGCGCUGACAUCACCGUCACAGACCUCAACCGCGUCCAGGCUCUGCUCAUGCUCACCCUGCACGAAUGGGGGAUGUGCCGCGGAAAGAAUGCAUGGAUCUACCUGGGCAUGGCGGUCCGGAUAUCACAGGCCAUGGGCCUAUCCUUUGAGCCUGCCGAAGACGAACCCUCUUACCCUUCUUACCCUUACUCGUCCAGGCGGCCGUCCAUGCACGCCGAGCUCGACCAGCAGAACCAGCAGAGGGAACAGCUCAACUCGGACGACGUUAUCGAACAGGAGACCAGGAGACGCACCUUUUGGAGCUGUUUCAUCCUCGACAGAUGUCUGAGUAACGGCAAGUUACGUCCUCGUAUGCUCAGAGUGCGCGAGAUCGGCAUCCAACUACCCAGCGAGAACGCUUUUGCCUUUGGUGAACGGGUACGGACCUCCCUGCUGAGUGAUGGUAACACCGGACGCAACGGGCCCAGCAGACGCUCACAGAGCUACGACUCUCGAAACGGGUCGACUGCCACCGCCAACGCAGUCCAGAUACCCAGUCUAAGACAGUCCAUCGGAUAUGGCGACGAGGCCAAGCCGAAAACGUGGCCACCCAUCUCCAGCCACAGAAGUGACGGACACGGUGACCGGAUCGAUAGGUGGGAAUACAGCGCUCGCAACACUGACACGCACAUCAUGUAUAAAAAUUCCCUCGCACCAUAUGCACUUAUGCACAUCAUCUACUUUCUUUCAGUCAUUGUCUUACAUCGCGCAUACCUCCCUUUCCUGCCGCUCCGGCCCAUGGAUCCACAGGGGCCCCUUGAUGAGCCCUCCUAUCCUCCCGAAAGGUACAGCGUGCCCGACGGCUUCUGGAAGGAUAGCGCACGCGAGCUCUUUCGCGCCGCCAGACAGAUGGUGGAACUCGUUCGCACCUGUCACGAACGUGGUGUGCUCAUGGAGACACCCCUGGUCGGGUUCGCAAUCUACAACGCCGCAUUCAUGGGGAUAUACGCAGCUCACUUCAACCAUAUGGACCAGGAGGGCUACCUAUGCCUGAAGCCGCACUCACACGACGCCGCCGCCUCUCCAGGUGGCACAGCAAUGACCGUGGGAGCAGGCAGCCUGGCACAGGCGGAUGUACGGAAAUCCAUCGAGAUUCUUGGUGAAAUGAGACCUCGGAUGAAGAUGGCAGUCGGCUGGUUCCGAACUGUGCAUCGACUACAUGGAUAUUUCUGCAAGGUCAAGAGGGACCAGAAGCGUCCCUGGAAGAUGAACGGCGCAGAUGGCCAGCAGCAACAUCCAUCAUACCACAACAACAGCAGCAGGGUCAGCGUUCAGCACAACCGCCACGCUUGCGCCUCGCAGAUUGCCCAGAACACUCUGUACGAGGAACUCAGGCAGCUCGACAAGGUCCUCAUGGACCUCGGUAGCACAGAAGACCAAACACCCGAGAUGAGCGGGUCCGACGACGACGUGGCUGCGAUGCUAUCUGCGAACAUGGUGGAGCAGCACCACAACAGCGAGACGGCCAACAACAUCGUGAAGAGCGAGCCGGGCGAUGGUCCGGAUGCUCACCAUGGCAGCGACGGACAUGCCGUCAACGGGGUUCUGCAGCGGGAUUCCUGGGUGCCGGUCAACAGCAGCAGCCCUGCUGCUCACUCCAUUGCCCCCAUCUCGAAUGCAGCUGCUGCAACUGCUCCGGCAGCUGCAUCUACCAUGAUCAUGAUGGCCAACGGAUGCAAGGAAAACGGCGAAAAGCAAGCCUCCGACUGCGAUCGAUGGCCCAUUCUCCCGGCUCCUCAGCAGCACCAACAGCACCACCCGUCGACCAAUGCUCCAUCCGCCGCUUCGCCCUACAGCCUGCCUCCGUUCCAGGGCACGUAUCGCGACACGCCGUCUUCGGGGCUGCCUGCAUCUCCCCCAAGCUCUGCCGGUACGACUCUUCCGCCUCCAGUCCCAUCCACGUCCGCCGUGACAGCAACCACGCCAGCUGCAUCUUCACCAUACUUCACCGCGACUCCUUCACCGUCCAACUCAAACCCAAACCAUCGCUUGCAAGCUGUCCAACCUUGGCCGACAUCCCGACAACCUCCUCCACCGCCACCAUACUCCCAAUCUCUCCCUUCGCUGAACCUGGCCGCCCAGCAGAGCUUCCCCUUACCUCCUCUCCAGCCGAGUCUAACCCACGGCGGCCAAGCACACGGACACGGACAUGGACAUGGGCCUGGGCACGGUCAUGCACAUGGCUCAAGCAACCGAACUCCUCCCCUUUCGCAGUCAAGGCUCGAUCUAGGCUCGUUCCUGGCGCCACCACCUACUCAGCAGCAGCAGCAGCAUCAGCAGCAUCAACAUCAUCACCAACAGUCAUUUUCUCGGCAGGUCUCGCCAUACAACUCCUAUGACACCACGAAUGCCAACCCUCUGUGGAUGAGCAGCCUGAACGGAGAAGAUGUGCUUGCCUUUAUCGAGGCCGACAGUUUCGACAAGUGGUCUACUGUUAUGCCUACCCCUAACGGCCCGCCUUCUCCAGCUUCGUUACCCAACAUGAACGGCCACUACCAGGCCAACGGCUACACCGCCAGCUCUAAUACCGGUGCCAACGCAAGCGGAUGGCUAGGUCUAAUCUGGAGUGAAUAUACCCAUUAA